UUGUGCGCUAUAAUAAAAGGUGCAUUUUCGUGCACGCUCUUACACGAAUAAUCGCGGUGAUAAGUGCAAAAAGUUUUGCUUUUGUGCAUCGUCAAUAUGUUCACUCGUCAAUUGCAUAAUGCUGAUCCCAGCAAAGUAACGAAAAUACCAGAUCCUCAAGCGCCUAAUUACCGAAUGGGCGAUUAUGGUUACGGUAAACAGGGAGUGCGUGUGUUUCAACUGAAGAAGGAUGGACCCGUCCACAGCGUGACUGAAUUCAAAGUAAACUCACAUAUGCGUUUGCGCACACACAAAGAAUACUACGAAGCGGACAAUACGGAUAUCAUCGGCAGUGAUGUGCAGGAGAAUACCAUUUAUGUGCACGCUCAAAGGCAUGGCCUGCACACACCUGAAGAAUUUGCACUCACGCUUACGCAACAUUUCCUAGAGACAUAUGAGCAAGUCGAAGAGUCAAAUUUGAUCGUGGAGGAAUUGGCGUGGGAUCGUUUUGGUGAGCAAGAACACCAGGGCUACUAUAAGGGCAAGCAACACAAUCACGCCUUCAUGCGAAAUACGAAUGGCACUCAUGGUUGUGAAGUUGUGCGAACAAGACAGGGUCCAGCACUUCUGAUUGGCACUUUUUAUGGUUUGCGCGUCGUAAAGACCGCUCGUGCGCCGUUCACCGGCUACGUGAAGGGUGAUAUGUUCUCCGAAGGCGAUAUGGACGAUCGCAUCUUAUGUACAGAUAUAAAUGCGCGUUGGCAGUACUCCAAAGUCGUUGAUAUCGAUUUCAAGACACAUUGGUUGAAAGUACGUGACUUGAUAUUGCAAUCGUUUGCUGGUGAUCCAGAGGAAGGUGUAAUCAUCACUAGUGUCCAAUAUGCGGCGUAUGUUGCAGAACGUGCUGUGCUCGAUGCAAUGCCCGAGAUUUGUAGCAUUUCUAUAAGCCUUCCAAAUUAUAAACAUUUUCCUUUCGAUUUCUCACGUUUUCCGCCGAUCGAGCCAAAAGCUAAUGUCAUCAUUGCAAAUCCAGCAGAUACGCCAUUGGGCUUGGGAUAUGCGCAAUUGGACCGUUUGGAAAAAUGAAAGCAAGCAAAAAAAAUUAUAUUAUUUCUAUCGAUUCAAUUGUAUUUAAGGGGAUACUUUUAUCAUUUUUAUAUUUAAUUGGAUAUACAUAUGUAUAUAGGUACAUUGGUUAUUGGUGGAAAUAAAUUCCUUACAUAGGAUUGCUAAUUA